AUGGAAACGUGGUUUUGGGUUCUCGGCUGGUUCCUCAGCAUUCUCACGAUGGUUGUAAAUGGAUUUGUCAUCUUCCUCGUCUGCAGCAAACGUCACCUUCGCACCAAAACCAACGCAUUUGCCGUGUCUUUAGCAGUGGCUGAUUUUGGUGUUGGGAUGCUUGCUGUUCCUUCACGCUUUUUCUGCAGCCUUGCAACCGAAUGCACUCCACGCUCAAAAGAGGGAUCAAUUGUGAUGUUUGUAAGGGUGUUCAUUAUUUACACCUCUGGAACAAACUUGGUUGGCUUAGUACUGGAACGUUAUGUUGCUGUGGUGAAACCUUUGAAAUACUUGACUUUUAUGAAGCGCCGUCGAGUUAUUCAAAUGGUUUUAACAUCUUGGGGAAUUCCUUUUCUCUUCACUCUUACUAUAGUGUCGAUUGAACUUGGUGCAAUCGAUCGUGCCAGGACUAUAGACGGCUACUUAUAUUUGCUUUUCGAGGUAAUCUUGUGCGUAUAUCUAAUCUUUUUUCUUGCAUCCAUGUUUUUUGUUAUUUACUCUAGAGAUCGCACUUUAGCUAAGAAAUUGCAGUUUAAUCAUGUGGUCGCUAGAGCUAAAACUCAGAACAAGGCGUCAGCAGUAAAAUGGGUGGCUUUGAUAACAUGUGUGUUUCUAUCGUGUUACGGAAUAAUGAUGCGUUGUAGUUUGUUAUUUUUAACUGGUCAAUCGUGUAACGAUUAUCAUUACAAAAUACCUAUAGAAGUUAUUAACUCUGGAAUAAACCCUAUAGCUUAUGCUUUCUUCAAAAGAGAUAUACAACAAGAACGCAAAAGGCUUCUGUUUGAAAGGCGUCAGUUAAUAAACAACAGAAUAGUUCCGAAGCAAGAAAAAAAUUAGUUGAUGCAUAUACUUAAAACAUCAAUUCUUAUCAAAAUUGUUAUUCAGUUAAAAAGCUUCCGAUUAAACAAAGAUAAGUUACCUCUUUAAGAGAAAUAAGGAUGAUGCUACUAAUGUCUCCAAUAUUCAAGACCACGUAUUAAUUAUUUUGAGGCCGUACUUUACUGGAGAAUAUGUUUUUCUUAAAUUAAUCGUUUCAGCUAGCGUGUAUUUUAGUCUUACAAACAUCUGAUUCUUAUAACUAUGAGCUUGCGUUGUAUAUUUUAAUGGUAUCGAAUAAAAAAAAUAUCAUUUUCCUCCUCAAUUUUUCUGUGUUUUUACAACAGUCCGCCAGUCCACUGUAGGGACUUUAAACAAACCACGACGGUGACGGCAACGAGGAUAUGGAAAAACAAAAGAUCUAAUUGGCACAAAAAUAGUUCAGCACGUGCGUUUUAAAGCUUUGUACUUUCUUAGCCGUCCUCUGCAAAACAACAACGUGAAAUCUCCACAAUUUGCAUCGUCUGCGAACCGAAAUCGCGACGGCAAAUUAUUUUAAUUUCCAUUUGGAACUCAGCGCUUCUUUAAUACGUUAUGCUGAUGUUGAGGUGUGGCGCCGUAGGAGACGGUAAACAAAUGCAGCCAUUCUCGAAGUUCUAAUUAUAGGCAGAAAUCCAUUUUUUAAUUGAAGUCUUCCUUGAAGUUACCCACCUGACUGCGUAAGGUCCCUUGUAUGUUCUCUUCAACGUUUUAGAGUAUUAAGCUCUUGUUGAUGAAUUAUAUAAUAACUUUGAAACGAUAAAUGCUGGAAAACAAGAGCUGAAUUGCCUGACUUUUCGUCAACGACAGUCGAUUUGCAUAUGUGCAACUUCCCCAUGAGCUGUAUUUAAUUUAGCGGGGAAUUGACCAUCACCUUAAAUAGUUCAUACCGAUAUAAGAGUUUAUUAUCUUCAAUUGAUAAUCAAUUAUGUUACGAUUUUCGUUACAAAUACCUCUAAAAAUUAUUAACUUUGGAAUAAACCCUAUAGCUUAUGCUUUAUUCAAAAGAGAUAUUAGUCUUAGAAACAUCUGGUUCUUAUAACUAUAAGCCUGCGUUUCAUAUUUUAAUGAUAUAGAGUAAAAAAUAUCAUUUUCCUCCUCAAUUUUGCUGUGUUUUUACAACAUUCCGCUAUAUGUUCAUUUCAAUGUUUUAGAGCAUUAUGUUCUUGUCGAAGAAGUACAUCAAUAAUAAAUUUGAAACGAUAAAUCCUGAAAAAGAAGAGCUGAAUUGAAUGACUUUCGUAAACGACGCUCGAUUGGAAUACGUGCAACUUCUCCAUGAGCUGUCACGGUUUAAUUUAACGGGGAAUUGCAUGUAAAGCCCAUAUUAGAUUCAUUGAUAUAAACACUUUUAAUUUCCCGUUUUCAUUUGAAAAUUUUUUACGCUUAACACUGACCGAUUGAUAAUUUUGAAUUAUUGUUAUUUAAAAUAUUUGGUGUUGGCUAAAUUUCGUUUAUUCGCGUAUUUGAACUAUCAUGCUGCACCGAUAUUCUUAAAAUAGGACUGCCGUAAUUUCCUUUGAGUUAAAACAUAUCAGAAGAUGAAGUCAAAAAUGUUCCGUGUUCGUCAUCAAUUUCUGAUUGGUUCAUUCUUCUUGAAAACCAAUGCGUCUGACGAAAAACCUUAAACGUGAUGAAUGUUUACAUCCUUAAAUGACGUAAGUAUGAUUUAAGUAAACAAUAUAUAGUAGCUCAAUUAACUUUUACGUAGAUUGGAUGGGGCCGAAUAGUUGAUUGAAAUAUUUGACUUUUAUGAAGCGCCGUCGAGUCAUUCAAAUGUUUCUAACAUCUUGGGGAAUUCCUUUUCUUUUCACUCUUACUUUAGUUCCGUUGAUUAAACUUAGUGCAAUCGAUCUUGCCAGGACUUUCAGCAGCUACUUGGGUUUGCUUUUUGAGAUAAUCUUGUGCGUAAUUCUAGUCUUUUUUCUUGCAUCCAUGUUUCUUGUUAUUUACAAUCUGAACUCUAGAGAUCGAACUUUAGCUAAGCAAUUGCGGUUUAAUCAACUGGUCGCAAGAGCUAAAACUCAGAACACUUCAGCAGUAAAAUGGGUGGCUUUGAUAACGUUUGUAUUUCUAUCGUGUUAUGUAAUAAUGAUGCGUUGUAGUUUGUUACUUUUAACUGAUAAUCAAUCAUGUAAUGAUUCUUAUUUCAAAAUAUGUCUACGAGUUAUUAACUCUGGAAUAAACCCUAUAGCUUAUGCUUUCUUCAAAAGAGAUAUAAAACGAAAAUUUAAAACGCUUCUCUGCAGAAGGCGUCAGUUAAUAAACAACAGAAUAGAUCCGACGCAAGAACAACAGAGUAGUUAAGGACAGCCAUUAAAAAGAAAUUCGAUGGAGAUGUGGUUUUGGGUUCUCGGCUGGUUCUUCUGCAUCAUCACGAUGAUUGUAAAUGGAUUUGUCAUCUUCCUUGUCUUCAGUCAACGUCAGCUUCGCCUUCGUCAUUUGUCGUUUCUUAAGCGGUGGCUGAUUUUGGUGUUGGGAUGA